UAACAGCUCCAUAGUAACAACAGGAAGUAAACAGUUUUCAAAGUACCAUUCAACCAAGCCUUAUCAAACACAGUUUUGGCCUAUAACAUCACGUUUGUUUAAUAUGAAGUAUUAAUAUAUUGCCUAGACAUUCAAGGCGAAAUGUUAAAAUAUAUUCUGCGCUUUAGUCCGGUGCUCUUCAUAAAUCUUUUUUAGAAAGUGUCAAAAACUGUGCAGAAACACUUUUAUACAAUUUCUUAUUUCCAUCAUUCGAAUGAGAAAACAACAAAAAAUAUUAAAAUAAACAUCGAAAAAGCUUUUGGGCAGUAACAUUGACAAUGCCAUUUCUACAUGAACCAAAAUCGAGGGAGCCACUUUGGAAAGAAUGGGACUACAAGGCACAGAAAAAAGGAUUUAGGAGCACAGUUUACUCUGUAAAUGGCGAUGAAUAUAAUGGAGAGUGGCUAGAUAACAAAAAACAUGGUAAAGGAACUUUCAAAUGGAAAGAAACAAACAAAGUGUAUGAUGGUGAUUGGAAGAAAGGGAAAAGAAGUGGAUUCGGUACUCUCACUCAUUCAGAUGGAAAAGGUGGAUUCACAAAAGAGUAUUCAGGGGGCUGGAAAAAUGACCUAAAACAUGGCUAUGGAACGGAGUUCUAUUCUGAUGAAACAUUUUAUGAAGGAGAAUGGUAUGCAGGGAAAAGAUCUGGAUGGGGGAGAAUGUACUUUGAAGAUGGAACAAUUUAUGAGGGAGAAUGGUAUGAUGAUCAGCGAAGUGGACAGGGCAUGUUAAGACUAACCAAUGAGAACAGGUAUGAAGGCUCAUGGAAAGAAGACAAGAAAAACGGAGCUGGGAAAUUUUAUUAUUUGGACUCAGGGCAGGUAUUUGAAGGGGUGUGGAAGGAUGACGUCCCCAAGUGCGGAACCAUGCGGGACUUUGGGAGAGACAACGCACCCGAACCAACACAGUACCCUAUACCAGAGAUAAAGUUAGCUGACCCUGAAAGUGUAAUAGCUGAUGCAGAGGAUCAGUUCUUGAACGACAAUGAGUGACAGCUGUAAAGACAUGUACUUGAUUGAAUACCUUGUAAAUAACUGUGCAAUGCCUGUAAGAAUCAAUAAAAAAAAUAUAUACCCUCAAAUUGUAGAUGUCCCAUCUUUAUUUAAAUAUAAAAAUGAUUACGAAAA